CCCUAGCAACAAUUUAAGAGGACAAACAUGGCGAGAAAGAAACCAGCUAAAGACAAGUCCGAGAAGAAUUCUGAAGUUGAAGAGUCGGCGCCGAUACAAACAGGAGCAACUUCAGAUGAAACAUCAGCCACUCGAACCUUUGACGACUAUGAGUGUUCUGGCAGUGUGAUGGCCGACUUUCCUGGGCUCUGUGCUCUUUUGGAUAUGAAAAAUAUCCCAGCACUCAAGACCAAAUCCAGCCCCUCCAACCAAGAAAGCACCACAGGCGGCAGGCCGUCCCAUAAAAAGCCUGUGCAUGAUGUGUUCAAGCCACACCUCCAAGUGGAACUGGAGAAUGGAGACCCUUAUUGCACAACGGGCAUGAAGAUCUUUGGAUGGACAGUAGAUGAACCAAUCAUCCGAGUGCUAAGUAAGAUGAUUUCCUCCUUGCCUACUCUCCACAGCAUUGAUUUUUGGCAGGCUGGAUUGACGGAUCCGAUGGUUACCACUCUCGCAAAUGCGGUAUGUGCGUGCAUGAGCCUUAGGGUUAUAACAUUAGAGGGCAAUCCUCUGGCCGAUCACAACCACCACCUUUUUCUUUCUGAAGGAAGUGUCCUCACUCACUUGAACCUGCGCAACAAUCGGAUUGAAGAUGAGGGCGCGCGUCUCCUUGGGGCCGGUCUCUCGACCAGCGCGUCUGCAAACUGGAGCCUCACCUCACUCAACCUCUCGUUCAACCAUAUCGGCGAUGUAGGUGCCGGACAUGUUGCAAAGGGCCUGCGCUUCAAUCGGACUUUGCUGUUCCUCUCACUGUCCAACAAUCACAUUGGAGACUCAGGAGCUAUACAAUUGGCCACGGUUUUUGGUGAGAUUGUGCUAACUCAUGAAGAAAUUGUGCAGAGGAGGAAACUACUUCUAAACAAAACGCAUCCUUCGUCUUCCGUUGCCGAUGUUGACCAAUCCUGUACUGCCAAGCUGUCCAGUGACCAACUCCCAUCUGUAGCCGGCAACACCUCGCUAAGCUCCAAUAAAGGGGAGAACAAAAGUACUGCGAAAAAACGGGAAUCAUCUAAACCAGAUGGAAAACGGGCUCCAACCAAAGACCAAAAGUGUCUUAAGAAAUCUGAAGGUCAAGACAUGGAGGAAAAAAACAAUGUGUAUGAUCAGGAGCACAAGAAGCCAGUGGAGAUGGUGAGCCCCCUCCUGAAUGAGGCUCUGCAGCAGAGGAACGGAGAGCUCGUUCUGCCUGGAAACACGACUCUUGCCUCCCUCAGCCUCGCAGGAAACAGGAUAACAGAGCUGUCACUGCCUCAGUUCCUGACUUCCUUACAGAUGCAAGAUGGAGGUAAAGGUCUGCUGCGUCUCUGUCUGCAGAGAAACCACUUUGCUGCGGAGUGUGACACCUUUAUGAAGAUAAAGGAACUGAUGACACUCAGAGACCCUCUGAACAAAAAAAGUGAAGAAGAGACUGAGGAAGAGGGUGAGGGUUCACAAUGUUCAGACAAUUAAACUGAAGGAGAAGAGUCAAGUUCUCUUUUAUGGACUUUGUAAACACGCUAACACGUUGUUUUUUUUUUUGCUUGUUCUUUUUGUUGUUGUUGUAAAUAUUUCAAUAGAAUUCAUUUCUUAAUGCACUCCUCUUGACUGAUUGAUUGUGCUGCCAAAAAUAUAUAUCGUGUACAUUUGAGUCACUUUAGAUAAAUUAGACUCCAAUGAUAUUUAUUUUAUU